UGCGUUGUGUGCAAGCGUCUUACAGGGGGGCUAUGGAUGGACUGCGUUUACCUCCACUCAUCGAGGAGGCUUUGGACUCUACAGAUGACCCGUGCGAUCUGAAAGCCGAGUGCAGCCCCACCAUGGACAACGAGAUCACAGCCAAGGAGAGAGGCGUCCUGGAGGAGAACAACGAGAAGGAGGAGAUGGACCAGGAGAGAGCUCAGGAGGAGGAAGGGGAGGAGAAGAAGCUGAAGGAAGAGGAAGGCGAGGGCGAGGAGAAGAGGAGGAAGGAGCAGGAGCCGCUGACGGAGGAGCAGGAGCUGGAGGAGCUGAGGGCCCAGGUGCUUCAGAUGCUUCUGGAGCUGGAUGAUGCUAGAGAGACCUCCAACAAACAUCAGGAGGCUUUUCACGAGCUGCAAGGUCUGCUGGAGGACGAGCGUCUGGCCAGUGCACAUCAGGCUGAAGCAUUUACACGCCAGAUCCAGAACCUACAAGCCCAGCUUCGCUCAGUGCAGGAGGAGAUGGACAGCCUGGAGGAGGAGAAGGAGAGCGAGCUGGCUGAGGCCCAGGAGGAACUGCGUGUGGCUCAGGAGGAGGUACUCCUCCUGCAACAGGCAGCAGAGGAGGCAGCCGCAGAGAGGGAGAACGACAUCGCCUCGCUGCAGGAGGAGCUCUGUCGCCGACGGGCCGAGCUCCAGCGCCUCAGUGAGGAGACGCAGGAGUACGAGCUGGAGAUCACAACCCUGAGGGCCGAGAUCAACAUGAAGAGCCAGCGCAGGGAGGCUGAGAGGAGAGAGGGUGACGUGGACCUGCUGAAGGAGGAGUGCCGUAUGCUAAAGGAGGAGUGUCAGACCCUGAAGGAGGAGAACAGACGUAUCUCUGAGAGGCUGCAGCUGCUCCAGAGACAGAGGACAUGCUCCAGUGUGUACCUGUCACUGAAAGAGGAAGAUGGUGGAGAAGGCACAGAGGGAAAGGAGACAGAGAUUGGCUCCGACGAGGUCAUGACGGAGAGCUACAUGACCAUGGCCCAGUCUGAGAACUGUCGCCUGGUAGACGCCUCCAUCCAGAAGAACAUUUCAUUCGAUGGGAAGCCUGUGACACCUACUGGCUGGAACGGAGGCAUUGGGGAGAUCUUUUCCCUGAGGGACCAGCUAAAGCAGGCAGAGGAGAAGGCCUCACAGGUUCAGAGAGAGUGUGAUGGUCUUAAGAUGGAGCUGCAGGAGCUGCAGGUACUUUACGACAGCAGCCAGAGGGAGAGAGCAGAGCUGGAGGAGGAGCUCCAGCGCUGCAAGGCAGAGCUGGAGAAGCUGUCAGAGGGGGCUCAGAGAUUCAUCCAUUCGUCUGAGCACCCUGUUCUCUCCAUCCCCUUCAUAGGAAUGAUUGUAAUAGUGGCUGUGGUCUGGUGCUGGUUGUCGGAGCUGGCGUCCCAGAGGGCAAGGGGAGUGAGGUAGGUUGGAACUCCAUUUUGACUAUCACUGCAGCCACAGCAGUGCUGCUCAUGAUGACUAGCUUGUUGAGAGCUUUCGUCCGAUGUUGACUGGAUGGGCAACAACUGCACAGGGACAGACGUCUGCUUUAGACCAGCCCUCGUCGUCUCCAGCCACGUCUAUAGACUGAACUGGAAAACUCUAAAUGUGACAGAACUGACAACUGCAUCGUAGAAAAUUUAUGGAAAUUAUGUGUUGACUGAGAAGGUACUACAUGCACGCACAGACUGAGAAUGAAGUGCUCAGUAGGAUUUGAGAUUGAAGGGUGGUUGUGAUGAUGAGUCGACCUGCAGAGAGCCCUCAUGAGGACUGAUCUCACUCCGCUAAAUGUAUGCCAGUGCUGUGUCAUCCCCUCUGUGUCUGUGGAUGUUUCUUUCCUUUGGCUACAAAUGUGUUAAAGGGAGGGGGUGAUUUUUAAUGUGGUUUCAUUUACUUUAACAUUUAUUUAUGUAUUAGUUUGUUAAAAUAUUGUCUUUAAGAAAAUAGAAACAUGAAGUCUGGCCUUUAAUGCACUGAAAUCCCCAAAGGGUGUAAACAUGCCUGUAAAAUAUUAACAGAAAAGUGGUUUGUUUGUGAUAAAGUUGUUGUAAAUGAGUCUGCUUUUAAAUAUUUUGUUGCUCUUUCCAAAUACUCUGGAUGAAUUAAUGUUGUCCUGCCUAAUAUAUCUCGCCCCACACACUUGGAUAUCUCUCCCUCUCACCCCCAAUGACAUACAGUAUUUUACAAAGUGAGCAGGAAUGGCUAACUGAUCUCCUGUCAGUUGAAGCUCGGUGUGUCAAGCCGAUGUUUAACCCGAUGUCACCCCUGAAGACUGGAGCUGCUCUUCUUCACAGUGGUGUUUUUUAAGGUUCUGCACUUUGCUCCAGGCUCUGCCACUUCUACUCUUGUCUUUUGUCUGACUCUGUAAAAAGAUAACUCCCACCAUCCCCUUUAAUUAUCACUUUAAGCAAGAUGCCAGAGAGGAAGCUCUGUAUUUCUGCUUCAUCUUAUUUGCAUUUCAGUCUGAAUAUCUUUCAAUUUCAUUGUUAUACUGAAGUUGUCUACACAUUAGAUAAUUUCCAACCAAUUUUUAAAAUGUAGAGGACCACAGACGUAAGGACAGUUUCAACCAAUUUUUUAACAUAAUAUUCUGAAUGCACAAACUACACAAUUUGACCACCAGCACACGUGCUGAUUGCUGUAAUGACUUCACAGUGGUGAUUCCACAGAUACAAGAGUUUGCAAGAACUAGCAUGAGCAAACAUGACUUUAGAAGAAAAACAAAAAUAUGGAGGACAGUCGGCAUGCUCAGUUGACUGUCCUGGUGUGCUUUCUGUUUUGCAGAAUAAAAAAAAAAAAGGCAAAAAUACAGAGAGAAUCCUGGCUGAGAAGACAGCAUAGCUGUGUUUAUGUGUUUAAGCCCAGUUCAGACCAAAGAGGAGUUCAAACUUACAGCUGCCGCUUUGCAACAUUUUAAGAGCCCGUCAGUUCACACCACUGCAACUGGAGGAGACUAUGUACACUUAAUUUAAAUAGAUUUAUUUAAGUUACUGCACAAUAAAUACGGCACUACAAGAGGGACGGUAUUGCAUAUUAACUGUUUUCCCCUGUAUCUUUAUCAUCUUGAUAAUGCAGAGCAUCAAACUACAGUCUACAAUUUCUGCUCAUCACUAAUUCUUUCGUCAUAAAGUGUGUCUCAAAUCACAUACUUCUGUUAGCAUACUGUUUUACAGUACAUUUAAAUGCAGCACAGAGCCUUACUCAUAGCGGGUUAGGAUAGUCUCAAAUAGCCCACUGCCAUUUUGCUCUAACAGGAAGUGACAAGGGUGUAACUUUCUAUUUUUUUUGUAACAGCAAAUUAUGAAUCAACAUUAGGCAUUUAUAAUCCAAAUUUUGCAAAUAUUUUCACUCAUUAUCACAUUAUUUUCUUGAAGAAAAUUAUUUUAUUUUGCCUAAAGUAGCUACUUUUUCUUGAUUGAAAUCUGCAGCCAUUGUUAAUAACAUGGAAGCUAGCUAGUGCGCUAAUGUUAGCUAGUGUGCUAGUAUGCUAAUAGCACAAUACACGCUACCAUGCCAUGCCAUUUGUUUAGGGUGCAAAGUGUCUUAUUCUUGCACAGUUUUGAGUGUGUGAGUAGUAUACUCAUGUGCACUAUUUAUUAUUUCGUACAGAAGUAUGCAAUUUGGGACACAGUGAUAGUGUGGCAGCAAAAUUUCCCAGCAUGUAUAAACAAAAGAAUGCUUUGCUAGCUCUGUCUUGUUAUAAUCAAAUAUUUGGGGAGAGUGAAAUUUUUCCCAUGGAUAAAUUUAGUCAUGACAGCCUUGAAUUUCUCAUGUAUUAGGUCAUAUAGUGCCAUAUGUUCUGCUUACGUGCAAAACUGCCGGAGAAGACGGGAGUUAAAUUAUUUCCAAAAUUCACAGCAUGAUUUAUCUAACAAAAUAGUUCACUUCGAACAAACAUUUUUUUGAUGUUCAUUAAGUUUUACCAAGUAUUCCAUCCCCUUUUUCCUAUUUAUAUGCAUGCAAUAUCCAAAAACCAGCUGUUUGCGACUUGCAGGAUUUGCUGGCCUGAUUCAAGCUGCAAUGGUCCAUUUGAGACAGCUGUAACUGUUGCUAGUGACGUUCUACAAUGGUCUUGUUGUCCCGAGUCUUUAGUCUGAACUGGGCUUAAAAGUAAGUAACAACCAGUUGGUGAUGGCGUGCUCACUCUCAUUAAAGGUAAUUUGACUUGGAGUCAUAGACAAUCAAAAAUGUUUUACAUAUAUUACAGAUCAAGGAGUCUCUGACUGGAUUAGUAGCAGUUAAACAAUUGUAUUGACACAAUUUAAACAAAUAAUCAGUUGCAACAAGCCUUAAAUUGCUUUAUGUUCUCCCCAGUCAUUUUGUGUGGGGGAUUAAAUCGUUUGAAAAAUCAGACCUAAAAUUGUCUAAUGUAUAGUGAGCAUUAGCCUUACAGUGGUUUGCUUUAGUUUUUUAUGUGCUAGUUAAUUUAUUCCUGUUACUUUGGGAGCAAAUUUGAAGAUGCUUGAACUAGAAUUUUUCAAUGAUUCCCAUGAAUUUGGCUUUUACUGUAAAGAUGUUAUUUGUUCUCAUGAGCGGGAUAAAAGUGGCUUCUUUUUCCAGAGUGUUAUACUUCUUUCAUUCAUGGAGAUUCUGUUACACCUCCAUUAUACCACUGACUAAAGUGAAACAUCACGGCUACUUUCUUGUGUGGGCAUUUUACAAACGCAAAUGGCUCCAAAUAUGUAAAUAAAAAUGCGUCAGAAAAUUGUAGUUUGUUAAAAUAUGAACAAAAGUGUAAACGUACAUGUGGACAGACUCUGAUUACUGUUUACAUUUGUUAAAUGUCUUUUUUUGUUGUGAGGAUAUUUUAAAACAGCAUGCUAAGAAACUUCUAGAAGCACAAAAGAAAACUUACCUUGGUUCUGUUCCUUUGUAUUUCAUGUAAAUAGGUGUGACAUACAGUACUAUAAUGGGAGAGAUAUUUCUUAAAUCCAUUUGUACUAGCUUUGUAGAAAGUUGAUUCUAUUUUGAAAGAGCAUCGUAUAUUUGAUAGCCAAAUUAUAAGCUGUGUAAAUGUUUAUUUAUGGUGAAGUUUAUAAGAGGAACUGCUCGUGUAGCUGAUCAUUUUAUGUACCUCUUUGUUCAAAGGCUGAAAAGUCAUUGCAUGCAUUUUGAUUGCAUUUGACCUUAGUUGCCUGAGAGAGCAAUACAAGCCUGUUUAUUUAUUUCUCUUUAUUUCAGAAAUGUCUUGCAGUCUUCUGAAAAAUUUGUUAUUAAAUACUACGUUAAUAAUCAAUGCCUGACUAAUGCUUUUUCUGCAUAUGAACACACUAAGAAGGUUAUGUGCCACUGGACUGCAAAUGUUGUCACUGUCUCUUUAAAAAAUUAUCAGUUUGCAAUAAAAAAUCUAACUCCCAUUGAUUUCAAUGGUACAUAGGUGAAUGUUGUCUGAAUAGAGGGUUAUUUUUAUCAUUUAUGAUCUUAUUUCAUGAAGCUAUCAUACUUUCACAAGCUCCUAUAUUGCAGUGUUCCUCUGCUUGUUGCUUUGCAUAUUGAUAGCAUUGUUGUUUUCAAUAUAGUUGUGGCUAUUUUGUUACCUGGAGGUCUAUUUUGUACUGUAAAUGACUCGAGAAAAUAAAUAUACUCACACUG